AGCUUGUUGCCUCUCUGUGUCAAGAGAAACUCACGAGUUUUUUGGUGUUGAGAAAAAACAGCUGUUCUGAUUUGGGAUUUAUUCAAAGUGUCCAGCCAUGUGCAAGGGACUAUCUCAGCUUCCAGCAACAUGCUUAAAAGGAGCUAAAGACAUCAAGCACAAGAUCAGCCACUUACUGCAGAAGCCGGAGCCUCAGACGGCCGAGCCAAAGCAGGGCAAAGAGAAGAACAACACAGCAGCGAACAAGAGGAGCCCCACUGCGGUGGAUGUGGAGAAGUGGAGAGAGUCGUUCAGUCAUCUGGUGAAAUCGCACGUGGGCCGUGCGGUCUUCUCCAGUUUCCUGAGGUCAGAGUUCAGUGAGGAGAACCUAAUGUUCUGGGAGGCGUGUGAGGAGUACAAGAAGAGCCCAGCGUCCCAACUCCAGAGCCGCGCCGUGAAGAUCUACCAGCAGUACAUAGAGGCGGACGCUCCCAAUGAGGUGAACCUGGACGCAGCGACCCGAGACCUGACCAAGCAGAACCUGGAUCGCGCCUGUCCCACCUGCUUCGACGAGGCUCAGAAGAUGAUCUACCUGCUCAUGGAAAAAGACUCCUACAGAAGGUUCCUCCACUCCAGCCUGCUCCAGGACCUGUGCCCCACCAAAGGCUCCCGGGACGAGGGGAGCCAGCAAACCGUGGCCGGGGGGGCCUAGACCACGCCCAGAGACUGUGGAAGAGACCAGACCGCCACCGCAAUGUCGGCAAGAGGAUGACGUAAUCUAUAUGAGCUAAAAUGACUUCAGUUCAGAAUAUUCGUCUAGACUUUAGUUGGUUUUACUAACUAAGAUUAUUUCACUAGUUUGAAAAAAUAUCUGAGCGACAUUCUUCUUUUGUAUUCUUAUGAACAUGAAGGAUUCACUUAAACGCGAUUAAUCAGUAAUUCAAUUAAUAGUCUUGAAGUUAAUCAUCGAUACUUAAAAAAAUCUGAAUCUCAAAUAAUUUUAACUAAACUAAAGUGUAAAGUGAUAUACAUUUUUUCAGUGUAUGGAAUAUUAGCAUUUAGUUAAAGCUGCACCACGUAACUUUUAUGGUGGAAGGUCUGUCGCAUUUCUCUCCACGGACACGCUAUUGCUUUACCUGGAAUGUUCCACAGUACGGCAUUAAUCUCAUCCAUCUUGCAUCAAUCUGACCUUCCGCCUGAAAUGUUCCACAGUGCAUCUUUAACAUUAUUUUGUGUUGUGGUUUUGUUGUUUUUUUUACGUAUUGUUGGUUGCUAGUUUUACUUGUACUUUUAAUGUUUAUUUUUACGUUUUAUAUAUGUAGGUAUGGUGGUAUACGUUUACUGCAGUUACUAUUGCAUUUUGUCAGUGAUGAAAGUCUAAAGAGGCAUUUGGGGCAGAAUAAUAGUGGACCAAUGGGCGACAGUUAUGAAAUGAGUUGAGCGCUGGAUUGAAGAAUAUAUACACACACACACAUGCACACAAAAAAGAGAAAAAAACACAAACUAACAAAUAAAUAUUGAAAUUAUAUGUUAAAUUGUAGUGUAUUAUGUAUUUUCCCCAUAUAAUCACAAACUCAUAUUAAAUCAAAUUCUCGCUUUAGGUCAACAUAAAAUAACUGAAUCGUCGUAUACUCCAGUGAAACUUGUAUAUUAUUUGUCCUUAUAUGAAAAACAACUGGACAAUAAACAACUUUACAAACACACCAUUAGCACUUUUCUUUUCUUUUUUUUUUCUUUUCAUUGCUUUAUUUUAGUUUUAUUCCUUAUUAUAUCAUCUUGUUUAUUAUUGUUAAUAUCUAAAUACCAACCGUCUUAGCUUCUGAGAUGGACCAAUAACAAUCCAGUGUUUGUGUAGCCAAAAUGCUAAUCCAAUCCCAUGUAUUUAUGGAAUACCAAAGAAUAGGCACUGUUUUUGUGUCUCCAGGCAAGACACUUUACCAUUAUUCCAUUGUUUGAUCUCAGUUUAGUCAUGUAAACUUGCAGGUUGUUUCAUUUAUUUAAAGUUCGGUAUUGGUCUACUAUUAUUUCUUGGUGUUGAUUAUGUAUUUUUUUUAUUUUAUUGUUUCAUUGUUUUUCUUAUUUUACACUUACUCCUCAUGUCUGGACUAGUGGGUCUAAAAUCCAGUCCCGUCCACCGCCAGCUUGUUGAAUAGUCAAUUACCUUCUGCUACAACGAUGAAUGUUUCAAGUGACAAAUCUCACAUCUUUUUUCCGCUGCCAAGUAACACAAUACUGAAAAAUCCAUCCAAGCGGCCUGCAUUUUGACACGCAUAUAUAUUUAAGUAGCAAAUAAGAAGUCGUCCGCUUUGUAAAUGAACCUUCUUCAGCCAAACUACCUACAUAGAAACGUGUACAUGUCUUAACUUUAGCUGUACGUGUUGAGCUCGGUGUCUACUGCGAGAUUUUUUUCUUCUUAAAUGGUUGAUAAGACGGUGCAUACGAUGGUGCGAACGAUGAUCAAAGUUUGUCUGAGCGAAUAUCAGGCUGUAGUUAAGAUAUGGUAAUGUCACUGUGACCUAAUCGUACCGGUUCGUUAAGGCUAAAAGGCACAAAAGUUAUUAAAAGGGAAAAGGAAAUGCAGGUCCAGUUCAUGGCAGAGCUUUUCUUCUGCUACUCUGACGGAGCACUUGGGUUGUUGUGCUUUUAAAAUACAAACUUUAAAGACUUUAAAAUGCAAAACACGCUUGAUGUCAGUUGUAGCCCGUCUUUGCAGUGGUCCAAAGUUACUCCUCACUCACCUUACGCACUCUGAACAUCUUAAUUAUUCACCGCGAUGAGUUUGCAAGCGCUCAGAGACUAGAGCGGAACAAGGGUAACGACUAAAGUUCUCGCUCGUCUUUGGUCAUUUGACUAAGAUUAAUCUUUGUCCCGUCUCACAGUUGGACCUCAGACCCUCGAUUUUGAGCUACAACAUAAGAUUUUACCCAUGAUCAUAAAUGUUUCAUCACAGAGGGACAAAAUCGUGCAGUGGUCGACACCCAGCUUUAGAUUAGUCAACAAACCAGGACUAAUCUCGUCAGUAUAGCAGCACUCUGUGUUUUAACGUAGAAACAUAGUGAAAACGUUGGCAAAAAAGUUAAUCAAAUGUUCAAUGAGCUACACGUGCCAUGUAAAGACUAUGUGUAUGUGUAUAGAACAGUUACUCUUUGCUUUGGAUCGUUGUAAGUUAGAAUUUUUGCUUCUAACUAUGUAAACAGGUUUUUAUUUCAACGCAAUGUAAGAUUUUUGAACUUGUUUGGCCCUGUUCAGAUCUGGCUGCGCUUUGAAGAUGGAGACUCGCACGUAGUCUUAGUAAUGUUUGCUUAAAAAGUAUACAAGGAGUUAUAUUUUUUAUGCGUUUUAAUUAGGGAAGAAACUCUAGAGAAUAUCUAUAUAAAUGUGUUCAUCGUACCUCUUGCAAACACCAUCAACCAUAAGCCUUAAAACAGCAUCGAAUGGUUCCAGUUUCUUUAACUGUUAUGGAAAGAGAAUAUAUAAGUAAAAUGUUGAGAUUUAGAUACUACAUUUUUAUUUAUUUUUGAGUUUCUGGGAUAGUUCCCUCAAUUUUUGCAACUGCAAGUCACUUCUUGCCUUAAAUCUGCACAUCACUACAGAUAAACAUACAAAAAAACUGAAAAAAAAAUGGAAUCCAUGCACAUUCAUUCUUAAAAAGCACACCAAUUUAAAAAAAAAUAAAAAUAAAAUAAUAAUGAUAAUUUGUCAAAUUUGCCUCUAGUAAGCCUAAAGCCACUGAUGUCUACAAAACAUACAUUUUUUUGAACUACUUGAAUUAGUAUAUUAGCAUUAUUAUACUCUCGCAUAUUAUGUUCAAAUGAAGAAAAAAAAGAUGGACUGUGUAGGUUGAAAAUUACAGCUUGGGCCAGAUCUGAACAGCAAAAUUACCGGCCAAGGUGACUGUUUGAAAAGCUCUGGAUUAUUAAUGUAAAUUGCCUCUAAUGACACGUUUUCAAUGCAUUUUCACUGCACUCCAUCUGCUCUUAAGAUGCUGUAAAAAGCCUUACCAUUUGUUUUACAUAAUGGCUGUACUUACAAUACUGCAUGUUACAUAAACGGGGAGUAAAGUCAAAUAUUGUUACGUAUUUUGACGUUUGUGAUCCAAGCAUGCCAAAGUGUCCUCUUGUGCAAAUUGUAUCCAAUGUGUCGUCUUGUGAAUUAAAAUUUCGCGAGUGUGAACUAACUGCAAUGGUAGGAGACUAUAUACUGUAUCAGAUAUUUAUUAAAUGAUUGUCUUAUUUAUACUGUAAUGUUCACGUAAUAAAAAUGUCUCAAAUGAAAAAA